GUUUGACGGAGGAGUGCAGAGCGCGGGAGUUGUGUUGAAUUCAGUAGCCGGGAAUUUCAAGAUGCUGUUCCAUUCUGUGCUCAAUAGCAGAAUUUGUAACAAAACGCGAGAGUCUCACAGCUACUCCUUAGAGACUCUGCUGCAAUAUUACCAAUGUAAUCGACGGGAUGAACACACUUCAUACGGUGACCUUGGGGCAGCAGUUCCUCCAUUUGGCUGCUUGUGGUCUACAGCAGACCUGUGGCGUCAGGUCCUUGCAGUGGUGAAUGAAGAAGGUAUAGUCAGGCUGUACGAUACGGAGUGCCGUAACAAGGAGGACCCAACUUGUCGAGCAUGGUUGGCUCACAACAAUGCAGUGUUUGACCUUGCUUGGGUUCCUGGAGAGCCAAAAUUAGUUACAGCUUCAGGUGAUCAGACAGCAAAACUCUGGGAUGUGAAAGCGAGUGAGCUCCUUGGCACAUUUAAAGGCCACCAGUGCAGCCUCAAGUCUGUGGCAUUUGGAAAGCAGGAAACAGCUGUAUUUUGCACUGGUGGAAGAGAUGGUAACAUAAUGGUCUGGGACACUCGCUGCAGUAAGAAAGAUGGAUUUUACAGACAAGUGAAGCAAAUUACUGGUGCUCACAACACGCAGGCCAAGCAGACUCCUCCAAAACAGAAGAAACGGCGACUGGCUGUACGAGGACUUGCUCCUUCUGUGGAUUUUCAGCAGAGUGUAACGGUAGUGAUUUUUAGAGACGAAAAGACUUUGAUCUCUGCAGGGGCAGUGGAUGGGGUCAUCAAGAUGUGGGAUUUGAGGAAGAACUACACCAUUCAUCACCAGGAUCCUGUGCCUGUGCAGUUCUUCCCUUAUCCAGGAAGCAGUGCACGGAAACUCGGGUACUCCAAUGUUGUCUUGGAUUCAAAAGGCUCCAAUCUUUUUGCAAACUGCACCGAUGAUAACAUUUACAUGUUUAAUGUGACUGGCCUGAAGACUGUACCAGUGGCAACCUUCAGUGGUCACCAGAACUCCACCUUCUAUAUUAAGGCCAAUCUCAGUCUGGAUGAUCAAUUCCUCCUUAGUGGGUCCACUGACCAUAAUGCCUAUAUAUGGAAGGUCUCUGACCCUCAUCAUCCUCCAACAGUGCUCCAGGGACACAGUCAGGAGGUGACCUGUGUGGCUUGGUGCCCUUCAGACUUCUCAAAGAUUGCCACUUGUUCUGAUGACAAUACUGUCCGAAUAUGGCGCCUUGUUCGAAAAAUGGGUGUAGCGAGAUCAGAUUUGGUGGGAACCGCGUGCCAGAAGAAGCAUUUUGACAAAGAUGCUGUCAGUCAACCAAUACAAAAUACUACUCCUCCUAAAUCUCCAGUGAUAGAAGGUCCAAAGCUGCUGUCAUCACAGCAAGCUGCAUGUGCCCCUAAUGUCUCUGGAGGUUUGCCUCUCUCUUCCAGCACACCCACCUCUGGGGCUCAAAGGGCCUUGGGCAAGAACUGCAGAUCACAUCAGAUGGAUCAAACAAGUUCAACUUCUCCAAAUUCAGCCUCUAGGAAAAUGUCGAUCAAGAAGUGGAUUGUCAAGAGUCCGAGCACUCCUAACUCCUCCCCUGAUGUCCCUGAUACUUCACCCAGGGGUGUGUUGGUUCCAGUUGAACAAUGUCAAUUGAAGAAUGUCUCAGUCACUGUAAGUAACCAGAUUCUAGAGAAGAAAGUUAAAAGGAGAUUGGACACCAGUGAUGGGUCAGUAAGAAACAGUUGGAAGAAUGACGACAACGGCAUUGUCUCAGGAAUCAGCCCCGUUUCUAAAAGAUGCAAAGUUGGUAUCUUCUGCUUAAAGGAGUACAGUAGGAAAAGCCCAUCGAAUGAAUGCGUAGAAGAUACAGAGAUGAAAUGCUGUGAAUGUAACACUGGGGAAAAUUUAACUCCGGCAAGCCCUUUCCCCAAUCCAGCUACUUCUUCUGUCUGCAAGUUUCAAUGCAUCCAGAAACUUGAGAUGCACGACAAAGAAAACAGUUCUCCUCAAAAGUCAAACUGGCUUACAGAUCUGGGGGUCAAACAGAAAACUGAAAUGAACAUUAGGAUGGGGAGAUCAUCCAACAGUCCUGCAUCCUCACAGAGUCCACCACUAAAGAAACGGGAAGAAAGGACAACAGGCUCACCGACUCAAGCUUCUACACGCAAGAUCUCUUCAUAUUUUCAACAGAAGUCAUCUGACUGACCAUAUUGUACUGCUGAGAAUGGAUGAAUUAUUGACUUCAAUUAGUGCUGCAUUAUGACCUUGCAGCAUUCUUGAUGGAACACUUGUCUUCAUUGUGCAGCUUGUCCUGUCUGUGCCAUCUGUGAUGGUGUAGUUUUAUUUUUCAAUUAGUUUGUCAAUGAAGCUGGGUUAGUACUCUUUUUAACCAUUUUUUUACAACUUUCCUCCUCUUCCCCCAAUAAAAAAUAUCCUUCACCUAUCUAGGUUAGAAAUUAUAUUCUGAUAUCCAAAUAUCUACUAACAUUGGAGCACCAUACUAGAUAUGCACAGAUUGUGCCUUGUUCAUGUAUAGAAGAGGCCAGUGGAUUUUUAUGUAUGUAUAUAAUUGUAUUAAAACCAUUGUGAAAUAAGCAAUCGCGAAAAAAGACAAUGGGCAAAACUAAAAUUCAUGUACUUAGCUGAUCAAUGAUUUGAGUACUGAAAUAAUCUGGUAAUUUGUUUUGCUUUUACACGUGUUUAUAAAACAAAUUCCAUUUGAAUUUUGUUUUUAAAUGGCAUAUUCCAAUAUAACUUUACCUUUGCUUUUACCUUCAAAAGACACUACUGAGUUAAAAUUAUCUUUACACACUGAUCAUAUUACUUGUCAGUUUUUAAUCAAAUGUUCUUCAAAACUUUGUGUAUUUUAACAUAUUUGCUGUUCCACGUUCUAAUUCAAAUAGUGGAAACCUGGCCCGUCACAAGUUGGAACUAACUAAUUUGCAUAGUAUAUAUAGAUUUUACUACCCUGCUUAUGAUUGUUUAUUGUUAUACAGAUCUGUACAGAGUUGAAAAGACUUAGUUGCAAAGAAUGUAUAAAAACUAAGCAUGAAGACUGUAAUCACAUCAUGCAACAGUGAUAGUGGGGAGGCAUUUUGUUAAUACUUAAGUCAAAGCAAUCAUUAGUUUAGAUUUGAAAACUAUGAGCUCUCUGUUGUUCCCCGUGUCUCCUGACUUUCCAAUUUUAAUGCAUGCUUAAUUGACCCUAUGAAUUGAUGAGGUUUUAUCAUUGCUAAUGCACAAUCACCUUUCAUUGGUACCUGUGUUUGAUAACUUUUCUGGAUGAAUUAUGUUCCUAACUAU